UAAAAGUGCAUUCGAAACCAUGUCACCUGCAAACCAACUUUAUAUGAAAUCAGAGUUGUUACCUUGUAUGGGAGCCUCGGAUAAGCAAAUCAGGUCUACAGCUGGUACCAUCAUUAGUACUCUUGUUCAGAUUGGUGGACUUUCAGGAUGGCCUGAAUUGCUGCAUGCACUUGUAAAGUGCUUAGAUAGUAAUGACCCCAAUCACAUGGAAGGUGCUAUGGAUGCAUUGUCUAAGAUUUGUGAAGAUGUACCACAACUGCUUGACGCUGAUAUUUCUGGAUUAUCUGAGCGACCUAUCAAUGUCUUUCUUCCAAGAUUUCUCCAGCUUUUCCAAUCGCCGCAGACUACACUAAGAAAGCUUUCCCUAUGUACGGUGAACCAUUUCAUCAUGCUCAUGCCAACAGUAUUAUAUAUGUCCAUGGAUAAAUAUCUGCAAGGUUUAUUUAUUCUUGCUAAUGAUCCUGCUCCAGAGGUGCGGAAGCUGGUAAGGAAUUUUUCCUGUUGUCAUUUUUUGAUCUGCAGGAGUCAAAAUGCAUCAUACUUAUGAAUCAAUGCUUAAGGAUGUACCAAACAAUUACAUUUCCACUCUUGCUUCCCCUGUAUCUGUUGUUAUAAGUAUUGUAAUUUUUUUAUUUAGGUUGUAGUGCAAAUAACUUGGCAGGUUGUAUUGGUCCUUCAUUUUUGCUGAAUUAUUAUUCACCUCGUCAUGAACAGUCUUUGUUUUACCUUGCAAGAUUUUAGAUAAUUAUUGAUGAAUCUAGGCACAUAUUAAUCAUCAAAUAAAUUAGCAAGUGUGUUGUGAAGAUUAGUGACUUGGACGACCACAAUUUGUAAUGCUGAAGUAGGAU